GCGGUUGCAUGUGCACUAAUCAACACAGAGAAGAAGCCUGGUAGAGUUAAGAUGGCGGCAUGUGGGUGAGGAGGCAGGGAUCCGAACUCGAGGUUUUUCGCCAAUAAAGGAUUCAUAUGAUUCUUAAUAUAAACAGUAAUUGAAAGAGUAAUAAUUUCCGCAUCUUUCACACUUUUGUGUGUGAUUUUGGAUUAACCCAAUGACAUCUAUACACUUCGUGGUUCACCCGUUGCCCGGGACCGAGGAUCAGCUCAAUGACAGACUCCGGGAGGUCUCGGAGAAACUCAACAAACAUAGCUAUAACAGGAUCCCAUUUAUUAUUUUGAAUAUUGUCUUAUUUGUUUUGAAACAGUGUGUUGUCGGUCCAAACCAUGCCGGAUUUCUUCUUGAGGAUGGGCGUGUUUGUAGAAUCAGCUUUGCUGUACAGCCUGAUCGCCUGGAGCUCAGCAAACCGGAUGGCAGCGACGGUUCAAAGUUGAGCAGUGGUUCAGGGACAGGAAGGAGCUCCAGGCCAGGCAGGACUAGUGAUCUGCCCUGGUUCCUGUCUGGCUCUGACACACUGGGCAGACUGGCAGGCAACACCCUUGGGAGUCGCUGGAGCUCUGGUGUAAAUGGAGGCAGUGGAGGUGGAGGAAGUGGAGGAGGAGCAGGGGGAGGUGGAGCAGGAGGUGGCAGCAGUGGAGGAGGAGGGGGCGGAGGAGGAGGGGGUGGUACAUCGGGCAGGUCAUCCACAGCAGCUCGAGAUUCCCGCCGACAGACCAGGGUGAUCCGUACAGGAAGGGAUCGUGGCUCAGGCCUCCUAGGUAGCCAGCCGCAGCCAGUCAUACCAGCUUCUGUCAUCCCAGAAGAACUUAUUACACAGGCCCAGGUAGUCCUUCAGGGGAAGUCCAGGAGUGUGAUCAUUAGGGAGCUCCAGAGGACCAACCUGGAUGUCAACCUCGCUGUGAACAACUUGCUGAGCCGGGAUGAUGAGGAUGGAGAUGAUGGAGAUGAUACAGCCAGCGAGUCCUAUCUCCCUGGAGAGGACCUGAUGUCCCUGUUGGAUGCAGACAUUCACUCAGCCCAUCCCAGCGUAAUUAUUGAUGCUGACGCCAUGUUCUCUGAGGACAUCAGUUAUUUUGGCUACCCCUCUUUUAGACGCUCCUCACUGUCUCGCCUGGGAUCCUCCAGAGUUCUCCUUCUUCCCUUAGAGCGCGACUCAGAGCUGUUGCGUGAGCGUGAGUCUGUGCUGAGGUUACGCGAGCGCCGGUGGCUGGAUGGGGCCUCGUUUGAUACAGAGCGAGGCUCCACCAGCCGUGAGGGUGAGUCCAGCCUGGACAAGAAGAGUAUUCCUGUCCAGAGCCCUGUAUCCUUGGGGGAGGAGCUCCAGUGGUGGCCUGACAAGGAUGCUGUUAAGUUUGUGAGCAUUGGAGCCAUGUUCUCAGAGCUGGUGGCAGUUAGCUCCAAAGGAGAGCUUUAUCAGUGGAAGUGGAAUGAACCUGAACCUUAUAGGAAUACACAGAAUCCUUCCAUUCAUCACCCACGUGUAUCCUUCCUUGGCCUGGCCAAUGAGAAGAUCACCUUAUUGUCUGCAAAUAGCAUCAGAGCCACUGUAGCUACAGAGACCAACAAGGUGGCAACCUGGGUGGAUGACACACUAAGCACAGUGGCCUCUAAGCUAGAGCACAGUGCUCAGGCUUUCCCUGAGCUGCAAGGGGAACACAUAGUGUCACUGCACUGUUGUGCACUCUACACGUGUGCACAGCUGGAGAAUUGCCUCUACUGGUGGGGUGUUGUGCCUUUUAGUCAAAGGAAGAAGAUGCUUGAAAAGGCCAGAGCCAAGAACAAAAAGCCAAAGUCCAGUCCUGGCAUUUCCUCAAUACCAAACAUCACAGUGGGAACACAGGUGUGCUUGAGGAAUAACCCCCUCUACCAUGCCGGUGCAGUGGCCUUUUCUGUCAGUGCUGGAAUUCCCAAAGUGGGUGUACUGUUGGAGUCUGUCUGGAACAUGAAUGACAGCUGCAGGUUCCAGCUGCGCUCACCAGAGAGUCUUAAGAACAUGGAGAAGACCACCAAGACCCAGGAAAUCAAGACUGAAAGCAAGCCAGAGCUGGUGAAGACUGAGAUGGGUCCUCCUCCGUCCCCAGCAUCUACCUGCAGUGAUACCUCUUCCAUUGCUAGCAGUGCUUCACUGCCCUACAAGCGACGGCGUUCUACCCCAGCUCCCAAAGAGGAAGAGAAGGUGAAUGAGGAGCAGUGGCCUCUCAGGGAGGUUGUGUUUGUGGAAGAUGUAAAAAAUGUUCCAGUGGGAAAGGUACUCAAAGUGGAUGGUGCAUAUGUUGCUGUGAAGUUUCCAGGGACAUCAAGCAGCAUGAGCAACCAGAGUACUGCUGCUCCCACUGACUCAGACCCAUCAUCACUGUUGCAGGACUGUAGACUCCUCAGGAUAGAUGAACUACAGGUGGUCAAAACUGGUGGGACUCCUAAAGUUCCAGAUUGUUUUCAACGCACACCCAAAAAGCUUUGUAUCCCAGAAAAGGCUGAAAUUCUAGCUGUGAAUGUUGACUCCAAAGGAGUCCACGCAGUGCUGAAAACUGGUAACUGGGUAAGGUACUGUAUCUUUGACCUGGCCACAGGCAAAGCUGAGCAGGAAAAUAACUUCCCUACUAGUAAUCUGGCAUUCUUGGGGCAGAGCGAGCACAAUGUGGCCAUCUUUACUGCAGGACAGGAGUCUCCUAUCAUCCUUCGAGAUGGAAAUGGCACAAUCUACCCAAUGGCCAAAGACUGCAUGGGUGGAAUUCGAGAUCCUGAUUGGCUGGACCUGCCACCUAUAAACAGCCUAGGAAUGGGCGUGCACUCUCUGGCCAAUCUCCCUUCCAACUCCACCAUUAAAAAGAAAGCUGCUGUUAUUAUCAUGGCUGUUGAGAAACAGACACUGAUGCAGCAUGUGCUACGUUGUGACUAUGAAGCCUGUCGGCAGUACCUGGUGAAUCUUGAGCAGGCAUUCCUUUUGGAUCAGGGCAGCCAGGCCCUUGCAGCACUUCUAGGCCACCGCUGUGAUGGAAACCGCAACAUCCUCCACGCUGCUGUCUCUGUAUGCUUCCCUGUUAGCAACAAGGAGACCAAAGAGGAGGAAGAAGCUGAAAGGUCAGAAAGAAAUACAUUUGCAGAGCGCUUGUCUGCUGUGGAGGCGAUUGCCAAUGCCAUCUCUGUGGUUUCAAGCAACAGCUCUGGAAACAGGACUGGGUCCUCCAGCAGCAGAGGGAUUCGUUUGAGGGAGAUGAUGCGGAGGUCUCUCAGAGCGGCAGGUCUUGGCCGUCAUGAGUCCGGUCCAUCAUCUAGUGACCACCAGGACCCUGUGUCACCACCCAUUGCCCCACCAAGUUGGGUUCCUGACCCCCCACCCAUGGACCCUGAUGGUGACAUUGACUUCAUUUUGGCACCAGCUGUGGGUUCACUCACCACUGCCUCCUCUGGGACCAGCCAGGGACCCAGCACUUCCACCAUUCCAGGGCCGUCUACUGAGCCACCUGUAGUUGAAUCUAAAGACAGGAAAGCCAAUGCCCAUCUUAUCCUAAAGCUGAUGUGUGACAGCGUUGUUCUGAGGCCACACCUAAGGGAGCUGCUCUCUGCAAAGGAUGCCCGUGGAAUGACUCCCUUCAUGCUGGCUGUCAGUGGGAGAGCCUACCCAGCAGCCAUCACUGUAUUGGAAGCUGCUCAGAAAAUGGCUAAGGUGGGUGACCCUAGCAUUGCUGAGAAGGAGGAUGCGGAUUCUGUAUUCAUGGAAAUGAUUUGCCCGUCCGGCACCAACCCAGACGAUUCUCCCCUGUAUGUUCUGUGCUGCAAUGACACCUGCAGUUUCACUUGGACUGGAGCUGAGCACAUUAACCAGGACAUCUUUGAGUGUCGCACCUGUGGCUUGCUGGAGUCUCUUUGCUGCUGUACAGAGUGUGCAAGGGUGUGUCACAAAGGACAUGACUGCAAGCUAAAGAGGACCUCUCCCACAGCAUACUGUGACUGCUGGGAGAAAUGUAAGUGUAAAACGCUGAUUGCUGGCCAGAAAGCUGCUCGUCUUGAUCUGCUGUACAGGCUACUCACGACAACUAACCUGGUCACAACACCAAACAGCAGGGGAGAGCAUAUAUUACUGUUCUUGGUGCAGACUGUUGCCAGGCAAAGUGUUGAGCACUGUCAGUACAGACCACCACGAAUCAGAGAAGACAGGAACCGCAAGGCUGCUAAUACAGAAGACUCUGAUAUGCCAGAUCAUGAUCUAGAACCUCCCCGCUUUGCUCAGCUGGCUCUGGAGAGGGUCCUGCAGGACUGGAAUGCCCUCAAGUCUAUGAUCAUGUUUGGUUCCCAGGAGAACAAAGACCCACUUAGUGCCAGCAGCAGAAUUGCCCACCUUCUGCCUGAAGAGCAGGUCUACUUGAACCAGCAGAGUGGCACCAUUCGCUUGGACUGUUUCACUCAUUGCCUCAUUGUCAAGUGUGCUCCUGAUAUCACUUUCAUAGACACUUUACUGGGCACACUGGUGAAGGAGCUGCAGAACAAGUACACUCCUGGCCGGAGAGAGGAGGCAGUCACCGUCACCAGGAGGUUCCUACGGUCUGUAGCCCGGGUGUUUGUCAUCCUCAGUGUGGAGAUGGCUUCUUCCAAGAAGAAAAACAACUUCAUCCCCCAGCCAAUUGGAAAAUGUCGUCGAGUUUUCCAGGCUCUGCUGCCCUAUGCUGUGGAGGAGCUGUGUAAUGUAGCGGAGUCGCUCAUUGUUCCAGUGCGAAUGGGUAUCACAAGACCUACUGCUCCUUUCACUUUGGCCAGCACCAGCAUUGAUGCUGUUCAGGGCAGUGAGGAGCUCUUCUCUGUAGAACCUUUGCCUCCAAGGCCCUCACCUGACCAGUCCAGCAGGAACCCCCAGCCUCGACACAGCAGCCAGUCUCAGCCUGUCAGAGGAAGAGAUGAGGAGCAAGAUGACAUUGUAUCAGCAGAUGUGGAAGAGGUUGAAGUUGUAGAGGGGGUAGCAGGGGAAGAAGACCAUCAUGAUGACCAAGAGGAACAGGGAGAGGAAAAUGCUGAGGCAGAAGGGCAGCAUGAUGAACAUGAUGAGGAUGGAAGCGACAUGGAACUUGAUCUGCUGGCAGCAGCCGAAACUGAAAGCGAUAGUGAAAGUAACCACAGCAAUCAGGAUAAUGCUAGUGGCCGCAGGAGUGUUGUCACAGCGGCCACUGCUGGCUCUGAAGCAGGUGCCAGCAGUGUUCCUGCCUUCUUUUCAGAGGAUGACUCCCAGUCCAACGACUCCAGCGACUCUGACAGUAGCAGUAGUCAGAGUGAUGAUGUCGACCAGGAAACAUUUCUUUUGGAUGAGCCACUGGAAAGGACGACUAGUGCAUCACACACCAACAGUGCAGCCCAGGCUCCUCGCUCCAUGCAGUGGGCUGUAAGAAACACCCCCAGCCAGAGGACCACAGGCAGUGCCCCCUCCAGCACCUCAACACCAGCUGCAAGCUCCACAGGCCUGAUAUAUAUUGACCCUACCAACCUGCGUCGCUCCAGUGCAAUAAGCUCCAGUGCAGCCGCUGCAGCAGCUGCUCUGGAAGCCAGCAACUCCAGCAGCUAUCUGACAUCUGCCAGCAGCCUGGCCAGGGCCUACAGCAUUGUCAUCAGGCAAAUCUCUGACCUCAUGAGUUUGAUUCCUAAGUACAACCAUCUUGUCUACUCACAGUACCCCGCUGCUGUAAAGCUUACCUUCCAGGAUGCAGUCAACUUGCAGAACUAUGUUGAAGAAAAGUUGAUUCCUACCUGGAACUGGAUGGUGUCCAUCAUGGAUUCCACUGAGGCUCAGCUGCGAUAUGGCUCAGCCCUGUCAUCUGCUGGAGACCCCGGUCACCCCAGUCAUCCGCUUCAUGCUUCUCAGCAUUCGGCACGCAGGGAACGCAUGACUGCUCGUGAAGAGGCCAGCCUCCGCACCCUGGAAGGACGCAGGAGACCUGCCACUCUGUUGACAGCUCGCCAAGGCUUGAUGUCGGCCCGAGGCGAUUUUUUGAACUAUGCUUUAUCACUGAUGCGCUCCCACAAUGAUGAGCAUUCUGAUGUACUUCCUGUGCUCGACGUGUGCUCCCUUAAGCAUGUGGCCUACGUCUUUCAGGCUCUCAUCUACUGGAUUAAGGCCAUGAACCAGCAGACUACACUGGAUACUCCACAAAUGGAUAGAAAGAGGAAUCGAGAGAUCUUGGAAUUGGGUUUGGACAAUGAGGAUUCUGAGCAUGAGAAUGAUGAGGACACCAAUCAAAGCUCAACUCUGCAGGACAAGGAUGAGGACCCAGUUCCAGCUGAAACAGGCCAGAACCACCCUUUCUUUCGUCGGUCUGACUCCAUGACCUUCCUUGGUUGCAUCCCACCCAAUCCCUUUGAUGUCCCUCUGGCUGAGGCCAUUCCAUUGGCAGAUCAGCCCCACCUCUUGCAGCCUAAUGCCAGGAAGGAGGAUCUGUUUGGUCGUCCCUCUCAGGGCUUGUACUCCUCCUGCUACAUGGCAACCAAAGGCCUGGCUGAGGCAAGCAUGGACAGGAACUGCCUGGAGAUCCUCCCCACUAAGAUGUCUUACUCAGCCAACCUGAAGAAUGUGAUGAGUAUGGAGAGUGGCCAGCGGAGCACCGAGAGUCAGUCACUGGCAGACCAAGAGAUGGAGGUCUCGAAACCGGGCCCUUCACCCCAUGACCUUGCUGCCCAGCUGAAGAGCAGCCUGCUUGCUGAGAUUGGUCUCACUGAGAGUGAUGGACCUCCUCUCCCAUCAUUCAGACCCCACUGUAGUUUCAUGGGGAUGAUGAUCUCACAUGACAUGCUACUGGGCCGCUGGCGUCUGUCGCUGGAGCUCUUUGGUCGUGUCUUCAUGGAGGAUGUGGGAGCCGAACCUGGAUCGAUCCUUACAGAACUGGGUGGCUUUGAGGUGAAGGAAUCAAAGUUCCGUAGGGAGAUGGAGAAGCUGAGGAACCUGCAGUCCCGUGACUUAGCCCUGGAGGUGGACCGUGAUCGGGACCAGCUAAUACAGCAGACCAUGCGUCAGCUAAAUACGCACUUUGGCAGGCGCUGCACAACCACACCAAUGGCUGUACACCGGGUGAAGGUGACCUUUAAAGACGAGCCAGGCGAGGGCAGCGGCGUGGCUCGCAGCUUCUACACCGCAAUCGCCCUGGCCCUCCUCUCCAACGAUAAGCUGCCCAACCUGGACUGUGUUCAGAGUGUUAGCAAGGGCAUGCAGGCCAGCAGUACGUGUCAUCACGAUUACAAUUCAAAUCUAAUGCAGCGUUUGAGAAACAGAGACCGGGAAAGAGAAAGGAGAAGUGGAGGGCUCCGAGCAGGAUCUCGCAGAGACCGAGACAGAGACUCGAGGAGGCAGCUGUCCAUAGACACAAGGCCUUUCAGACCUUCAUCAGAGGGAAACCCCAGCGAUGAGCCUGACCCUCUGCCUGCACACAGACAAGCCCUAGGCGAACGACUUUACCCACGUGUUCACGCAAUGCAGCCGGCAUUUGCCAGUAAAAUCACAGGUAUGUUGCUGGAGCUGUCCCCUGCACAGCUGCUGCUGCUGCUGGCCAGUGAAGAUUCUCUCAGAGCCAGAGUGGAAGAGGCUAUGGAGCUUCUCAUUGCACAUGGAAGGGAAAAUGGUGCUGACAGUAUUUUGGAUCUGGGUCUCCUGGAGGCUCCAGAGAAAGCACAACAGCAGGAGAACCGUAAGCGUCAUGGUUCAACCCGCAGUGUGGUGGACAUGGAGCUGGAUGACCCAGAUGAUGGGGACGACAAUGCUCCUCUCUUCUACCAACCUGGCAAACGAGGCUUCUACUCCCCACGGCCUGGCAAGAACACAGAGGCCAGACUCAACUGCUUCCGCAACAUUGGCAGAAUACUGGGGUUAUGUCUGCUGCAGAAUGAACUCUGUCCAAUCACGUUGAACAGACAUGUCAUCAAAGUGCUACUUGGGAGGAAAGUGAACUGGCAUGACUUUGCAUUCUUUGACCCAGUCAUGUAUGAAAGCCUACGGCAGCUAAUCCGCCAUUCGCAGGCUGGUGAAGCAGAUGCAGUAUUUGCUGCCAUGGACCUGGCCUUUGCCAUUGACCUGUGCAAAGAAGAAGGGGCUGGACAGGUGGAGCUCCUGUCUGGUGGCGUCAACAUGCCAGUAACUCCCCUCAAUGUAUACGAGUACGUGAGGAAGUAUGCGGAGCACAGAAUGCUGGUAGUGGCUGAGCAGCCCCUCCAUGCAAUGAGGAAGGGUUUGCUGGAUGUACUUCCUAAGAAUGCCCUAGAGGACUUGACGGCUGAGGACUUCAGGCUGUUGGUCAAUGGCUGUGGAGAGGUCAAUGUCCAGAUGCUCAUCAGCUUCACCUCCUUCAAUGAUGAAUCUGGGGAAAAUGCUGACAAACUACUGCAGUUUAAACGCUGGUUUUGGUCCAUAGUGGAGAAGAUGAGCAUGACUGAGAGGCAAGAUCUGGUGUACUUCUGGACCUCCAGCCCAUCGUUGCCAGCCAGCGAGGAGGGCUUCCAGCCAAUGCCCUCAAUUACCAUCCGGCCUCCAGACGACCAGCACCUCCCCACAGCCAACACCUGCAUUUCCCGUCUCUACGUGCCACUCUAUUCAUCUAAACAGAUUCUCAAACAAAAACUCCUGUUAGCCAUCAAGACCAAGAAUUUUGGUUUUGUGUAGAGGUCUGACAAGGGAGUUUAAAAAAAGGAAAAAAAGAAACAUGUUUACUGUGUAAUAUUUACCUAGCUCCAUUUUUGUAGAUUUAUUUUUUGUCUAUACAAUUUUAUGAAAUUAAACAUACUAUCUCCCCAGCCAGUAAAAGUUUUGUGUUAUGAACACAAACAUCUUCUUUUAUUUCAAUUUUUAUUUUUAUUUUUUGUGUUUGUGUUAAUGAAGAGGUAUACAGUCCAGAACAUUCCUGCACUGUAAAAUGUCUGCAGCCCACAGCUCUGCUCUAUUGGCUUAAAC